AUGCUCUCGUAUAUUCUUCCUGACGAAUUGUUGUGUGAAUUAACACAUUCGGCGUUUCUCUUUUCGGCUUUUCCCUGGUUUUGGACCAAAUUUUGUUUGUUUUUCCUUUGGGAAAAGACGGUUCGGUUCUCUUCUUCCUCUUUGCUUGCUGUCGUUGGUAACAAAAACCAGGUUCGUGUAGCACCCGAGCCAAUCGGUGAUGUUUACGUCUGUUUUGGUAGAGGUAUCAUACCUCUCACCACCUUUAAAAAGAACCCUGAGCUUUUUGCACAGUCCUCUCCUUUGCCUGUUGUUGCUCCUGUUGUUGCUCCUCUUCCCGAGGAUUCCGUUGAUCGACCCUUUUCUUCUGUUCCUUCUUUGCCAACAGUUACCAAGAAGGAGUAUAAAUGUUACUCUUUGGAUUGCGCCUGCGUGGUGGGCAUGCCUUGUCUUGGUGGUGGUCGUUUGCCUUCUUUUCCUUCGGUUCUUCCAGUCCGUUCUCACGUACACUCUUUCGCUUUUGGAUGUGAAGCUUUGACACAAGCAUGGCUUGUAAAUAAUUCGGCUUCUCUUUCCUGUUUUUCCUCGUCUGUUGCUCGUGGGGAUGUAUGUUGCUCUGCCGUUGCUCCCUGUUUGUCCGUGUCUCCUCUUGCGGUUUCUUCCCCAAAUGGGGAUAACGCAUCCUCGGCGGUUUCUUUCCCUCUCGGGGAUAACACCACUCCUGCGGUUUCUUCCUCCAUCGAGGAUAACGCUUCUUUUUCUAUUGCUCCUGUUGCCUCGGUUGGCUCUGGUGUUUCUGGUGGUUCUCCACCUUUGCCUUCUUUGACUUCGGUUCCGGUUUCUUCCGACCGUUCUUCUGUUCGUGCUUCUCCGGUCUAG